CCUGGCUGAGGAGAAGAUGUGGCGACUGAACACAAUUUUCUUUAAGUUAUUGCUCAUUUCAUGGAUUCCCGGGGACAUUCAAGGUCAAAUCGUUAACGGGACUUUGCGUCUUGUUAACACAUCAAAUGCGUACGAAGGCCGCUUGGAGAUCUAUUAUUCUGGGAGCUGGGGUAGGAUUUGUGACUACGGCUGGGACCUGCCUAGCGCCGUUGUGGCGUGUAAACAGCUUGGUUUCACCGGAGCCCACACAGCAGUUGUAAACACGUCACCGGAGGGGACAGGUUCAUUCUGGAUACAGAAUUUGAAUUGCCAGGGAACAGAGACAAGUCUAGAAGAUUGCUCCCAUGACGGCGUUGGUGUUAUCAACUCAUCUUAUUGUAACCAAUCUUCAGAUGACGCCGGCGUUCUGUGUAAAGGACCCAACGACGGAGAAAUCAGAUUAAUCGGCUAUACCCAGUAUUUCGGUCGUGUUGAGAUAUUCUACGCUGGAGAAUGGGGGAGAGUGUGUAAAAACGGUUGGUCAUUGAAUGACGCCAAAGUAGCCUGUAGACAGCUUGGCUUCAGUGGGGCGCUGGCUUACUGGACACUGUGGUCAGCGAGAGGGACUUCGAGGGUGGUUCUAGACCAAUUAAACUGUGCCGGUACAGAAAGUCGACUGGAUGCCUGCACUCAUGGAUCGAUAGGCUACCCCAGUUCAUCGUCCUGCUCGUCAAACUCCUAUGUGGACGCCGGGGUCGCCUGUGAAGCGCCUGAUGAUGGCGAACUUCGUCUGAUGGACGGUAACGGCUACAAUAGCGGUCGUGUGGAGAUAAAGUUUGCCGGAUAUUGGCAGCGUAUUUGUGAUUGGGGAUGGAGAAGCAGCGAGGCCGCAGUUGCCUGCCGACAGUUGGGGUAUAGCGGAUAUGUUAGAGCUGCGACAGAUUGGACCAUCAAAGGGGACACUUCAUUUUGGCUGCAGGGUGUUCAGUGUCAAGGAACAGAAGCUAACAUUACAGAUUGUUCAAAUGUCGUAAUAGGGUAUUACGAUGAUUACCACUGUUACUCAAGCAGUAAUGAUGACGCUGGUGUCUAUUGUCAGGGAUACUUACCGGGUGUUAUCCCCCCCAGUACAACCACCACUACACCGACCACAACAACCACCGUUCCAAGAGGACCUAGAUGCUAUAUAUGCUCAAGCACGGGCAUCUCUUGUUCCAGAUCACGGAACGCAAGCUCGCAUUCUAAUUUCUGUUAUUAUGGACAUGUGUGCUACAGUUCGGCCAUGGCGUACGAAAGUUACAAUCUCUUCUACAGUUCUUCCACCAUUUCCUACAGCUACAGCCGCGGGUGCAGACUGCCGUCAUCUUGUACCAGCCAGGAGUAUCAGGGAAAUACCUGCACGGGAACCGGGACCAGAAGAGUCUGCAAGCAUUGCUGCACUACUGACUACUGUAACGGCGGUGCCGUGGAUACGUCCCAAACAAGCAACAACAACAGAGGUUCCAGUUUAAAGACUGUCUGUUUUAAAGUCCUCUUCGCGCUUUUGUUUAUUGCCUUUGCUUGGAAUUGAAGGCAGAUAUCUUAAUAUUUAUAACGCUACCAAAUUAAACAAUAUAUGUUGAUUUGAAUCUAUAUGAUUUAUUACUUUUAUCUAAUGUAAAUAACACAAUACUUAAGGCAAACACGGUACUAGUUGCUUUGAAUAUUAUUGUUAUUGUUAUCCUUUGCUUAACAAUAACGUGUUUCUAUUAGUGGGGAUGUACGUUGUAAAUAGCCAGAUUUAUACUGCAUAGGACCUCAAGGUCCCAGGCUAGACCCCCCAGCCACUGAAUUCUGGGAGAGAAAGAGAGAGAGAGAGAGAGAAAGAGAGAGAGAGAGAGAGGGAAAGAGAGACUAAAAGAGAGAGAGGGACAGUUAACACAUGACUCUUUUAACCUUGAAUUUGGCUUAAUUAGUUUAAAAUUAAUGUUUGUGGUUUUACAUUUCAUAUUACAUAUAACAUAUAUAUAUUGCACAGUGUAAACAAAUUGAUCCUUAUUAUGAUAUCACACAAUCUCCAAUUUGGUAAAUAAUUAUUUGUUUCUGGUGUGUUACGACGUAGGGCCCACGUUAGGUUCAAUUCACAAUGUAAACAUGUACCUCAUAUUUUCGUAUCAUGUUAUUCGUCCUCCUGCUUUUGCUGAUCCAGUUUAUUCUGUAUUUCUGAUAUUCCAUUUAAGGUGUUUACCUAUAAGUCGCGAUUUACUAUUUAAAUGUUUAUUUUAAUGCACC